AUGCAAACCAAAACGCAUAGAAAAAACCUUUUCAACUUAUAUUACAUGAUGAAGUCGAGAAAUAUCAACCGUAAUCCUGCAGCUUAUUAUGGAUACGGCAAUUAUUGUGGUUGGGGUUCCAGAGGUAAUCAUACUGUUGAUAAAACUGAUAUCUGUUGUAUGAAUCACGAUAAAUGCUACCAAAAAACAAAUUGUAAGGGUUUAUACGAGGGAAAAUUUAACUUCUAUUCGUGGGAAGUUCAGAAAAAUGAAAUUAUUUGCAAGUCCUCCUUUGAUACUUGCGAUCAAGCCAACUGUGAAUGCGAUAAAGCUCUCGUUCUUUGCCUGGAGAAAGCUCCUUAUAAUUGUGAACAUGUUUCAGAGUUAUACAAAUUCUUUUGCUAA